GUAAAAUUUUCGAUGUAUCGAAGCAAAACAUCGAUAUUUUCAUUGCAUCGAUGUUUUUCCGGCAUUCCUAGUCAAAAGUGCGCGCCAAUUUUACUAGAGAAGACUCGCGAAAGUUAUAACAUUUUAAUAUAUUGCAUAAAAUAAUAAAAUAAGCAUUUCCUGCAAUGGAUUUUCGCCGCAAAACGCGACCACGUCUAGACCGUAAGCCUCAGUUUGAGAAUCUCGAAGCACAAUACCCGCACAAUGUUGCACUAUACCGUUUUCCGCCAACGGAAGACAUCAAAAUACAUGACUUCGAGGAUCUGGCGUUGGAACGCCUCAAAGUUCUACGAAUUCUUGAACAGGCGACUUCUAAAAAUCUACGUUUUCUAUCAGAUGAAUGGAAGGAAUCGGUGAACGCAGAGCUUAACCGCGAAGGUCUUAAGGGCUACUUGCGUCUUUGUACAAACAGUAGCGCUAAUUCGACAGCGAAUAGCACCAAGUAUGAGUUGGAAUUACAGGCAAGGCGACGUGAUUACAUUUCACAUUUUAUACUACGUUUGGCUUACUGUCGCACAGAGGAGUUAAAGCGUUGGUUCCUGACGCGAGAAAUGGAGCUGUUUAAAUACAAAUUUUCAUCUAUGAGCAGCACUGAUAUCAAACAUUUUCUGGACCUAAAUAAAUUGGAGUAUACGCCGCUUUCCGAAUCGCAGAAAGACGCAGUAAAAGAUGGUCUCUAUGAGAGUACAGUUGGUCAGAGUGUUUCCAAGAUUGAAUUACUGGACUUUUAUAAAGUACCAUUUACACAAGUGUUAGAUUUGGUGCGCACUCGGCGCUGUUAUCUUAAGGAUGGUUUUGCAUAUGUCAACACGCAAGACUUUGUCUCAAUUAUAGCGGUGCUGCAGCUUAACGAAAUUGAACAUGGAUUGCAAUCUGCACAAAAGCUUAUUCGUGAAGUAGAGACAGAUGAGCGCAUAUUUCACUUGCUUAAAUCGCUACAUACAUCAUACACAGGAAAAGAUUAUGCGCUUAGCAAAGAAGGAAAUGUGCCGCCUGAAUCACUAGAUCAGCUUUCCAAAAAGUCAUUCCCGAUCUGCAUGCGCACUUGCCAUGAGCAUUUACGAACCCAUCACCAUCUUAAGCAUGGCGGUAGAAUGCAGUAUGGCCUUUUUCUAAAAGGUAUUGGCGUAACGUUGGAAGAUAGCCUGCGGUUCUUUCGUGAGGAAUUUACUAAGAAAAUCGAUGCGGAACAAUUCGCAAAGCGUUAUGAAUACAAUAUUUAUCAUAAUUAUGGCAAAAAGGGUUCAAUGAUCAGUUAUGUGCCCUACUCUUGCCUUAAAAUUAUCCAAGAAAAUCCAGUUCAAGAUGAUUGCCGUGGUUGUCCCUAUAAAUCAAGUGAUCCAAGUCUGUUAAAAAUGAAGCUCACAUCUUACGGUUUAUCUUCAGCACAUGUUCAAGAGAUUAUGACGUAUGCUACAAAGGGUCACUAUCAGUUAGCAUGUGGCAAAUAUUUCCAAAUAAUGCAUGAAUCCCCAGGGGAUAUGGCAAUAAACCAUCCGAAUCAGUAUUUCGAGGAAAGUCAAAUUUUGAUGGGAAAUCGUACAUCAAAGAAAGCAGCUAAUGCUAGCAUACGUAAGCCGAUGAAGCGUGGUGCCAAUGAUACGACACAAGUAAUGAACGCCGAUGAAGAUGACGAGCUGUGGAACAUUGCGGAAACUCAAGAGAGCACUUUCCAUAGCCAGCAAGCAGAAAGAAGUGCGUGGGAUGAAGAUCUUGAUCUGACGGCAAUCGACUGUUAGCGGAAUAGA